CAUCAUUACUUAAAUCAUUCUCCCCUACAGACAUCGCCGUGAGCCUGUAGCUGACGGCGGCGGCGGCGUGGGCGGCGGCAUGGCGUCCGGGCUGCGCGCCGUGGUGGGUGUGGGCGCGGUGGGCGGCCUGCUGGUGGUGCUGCUGUGGUCGGAGCAGCAGGCCAGCACCAGGACGCCCGCACAGGCCCGCGGGGGAGUGCUGGAGGAGAGUCAGGGCUUCAGAGUGGUGAAAGAACGUCUGACGGCACCAGUAAAAGCCAUCAUCAACAACAUCAGGAGCAACAACCACAACAACCACAACAACAACCAUCACCAUCAUCACCUCAACGCUACCGCAUCGCCGAGGAGGUCACCCGCCGCCGCCGCCGCUCCGCUUCUUUCUGUCUCAAGCCCUCUCCUCUCCUCCUCCAAGACUAUCAUAUAUGUCAUCACGCCGACCUACCGACGCCCCGAGCAGGUGGCGGAGCUGACACGGCUGGCCCAGACACUGAUGCUGGUGCCCGAUCUUCACUGGCUGGUGGUGGAAGACGCCGUGUCCCCCACCAGGAGGGUCCUCGCCUUUCUCGACUCCUGCAGCGUCCCGCACACCUACCUCCUGGGCACGGCGUCACGGCGGUACAAGGGCGCCAACAAACCUCGCGGCGUGAGCAACAGGAACGCGGGACUCAAGUGGCUGAAGGUGCACGCGAAGGACGGGGUGAUCUACUUCGCCGACGACGACAACACCUACGACUACCGCAUUUUCGACGAGAUCCGCUUGACGAGGCAGGUGUCCAUGUUCCCGGUGGGGCUGGUGACGCGCUUCGGGGUCUCGACGCCCAUCGUGUCCAGCGGCAAACUCGUGGGCUUCUACGAUGGGUGGAUUGCCGGACGCAGGUUCCCCGUGGACAUGGCGGGGUUUGCUGUCAAUGUGCAGUUUUAUCUACAGAGGAACGCGCCCCUGAUGCCCUACAGCGUGGGGUUCGAGGAGGACGGCUUUCUGAAGGCUCUCAAGAUCAAACCCGAAGAUAUUGAACCACUAGCCGAGAACUGCACCAAGAUAUUGGUAUGGCACACACGCACGGUCAAGACGCAGCCUGCCGCGAGAAUGCCAGACACCGAUAAGGUCACCAAGACGAACCUUCACCAUCUCAAAUCCCAAAUAGUCUUCCCAAGCGGCCUCUCCUAGUAUGGCGGCGCCGUCGACCCUCCGGAAACACGAAACCAUAAUUAUCUUUUUGUCCUUCUUGUUUUUCCCUUUCUUAUUAUCUUGUGUUGUCUCUCUCUGUCACUGAGGUUGGAAAGGGGAUUUGUUUCGUAUGCCGUGGACGCGGUAUAGAGUUUGAUAAGAGUUGUUUCGUUCGAUUGAUGCUGUGAUGCUCUCUCUCUCUCUCUCUCUCUCUCUCUCUCUCUCUAUUCAGUCGGUAAAAAUAACGUUACCUUUUUUCUUGGUAUUUUUAUGGUGUGUAACAAGGCUUGAGUCGUUCGAUGUAGCCCACACUUGAAUCGGUUUGUUUUUUCGUCAACAGAUUUCUAAGAACGACCAUCACAUAUCGGUUGAGGGCCAAUGAUGAUUAAAGGAAUGAUUGUAUAAGUCGUUCAUUCGGCCCAACUAGCAUUACUUUUGAGAUAUGUGCUCUUUGAUAUACCACGUCGCUCCCAUGGCUGAGGGAGGGCGAGAGGGAGCCUUGUGGUGAGGCGCCUCUUUCAUGCCUGACAAUGAAGAGGGCAGGGACUGAGGGCAAGGAUGCUUACAGGUCAUGGGGUGCACCUCAAGAUUCCCUGAUAUUUUUCCAAAUCCACUGGGCAGCUCUCAUAUGACUAGUCACUAUGUAGGUGUGGGUGUGGGGGUGAAUGUGUGUGUGUGUGUGUGUGUGUGUGUGUGUGUGUGUGUGUGUGGUUUAUAUCAAGGGGUAUUUCUAACUCAUCCUACGCCUUAUACUGUGUAACGGAAAUGUGCUAGGAGAAUUCAUACUUAUUAUAUAAUAAUAAAUGUAAAAAGGAAAAAGG